GCAGCCUCCAGCACUAUCGAUGUACAGCUAGCAACAUAUAGAUUGUGCUAGACCUAAAAUGUCGCCUGCUCUCACGAUGCCCUUGAAACCCCAGAAAAGGGCAUCUGCGGCUGAUUCCGUGGCACGCGGCCAUGAGAACUCCGGCUCAGCUGAAAACAAUACAAAUACCCUUCCAUCGUCCUAAACGGUCAUCAUUGGCACAAUUGGGCAAGCUGAACUCCUCAAUAGUUCAGCCCACUAACGGCCAGAUGCUGCAUAGUAGCGUCAAUUAUUGAGCGGGCUGGGCAUCGCGCUCGGCUUCGCUUUUGUCGCCUUCCAAUGCUGGGAUCUCGCGGAGCACUGGGCGGACAUGUCUGGGCUUCAGGCGACCUUUGGCGUCCUGCAGGCGCUCUGCACGUUUGUCGUCGCCGUCUGCGAGCUGCUUGCCUGGGUGUAUCCAACCGUGGCCUGCAUCCCGGUUGUGGGUGCCAUCGCCGCCGUCGUGGGCCUGUUUGUGACGCUUGUCAUAAUGUUCUGGGUGGGUGACCGGAAGGCAAAGGAACCCCAGGCUUCUUCCCGGGAAAAGUUUGUCGAGAGCGUCAAGAAUGGCUUGUUGGCCGGCUGGGAUGAUCCGCCACCGGCCCUCGUCAAGUAUGAUAUAUCCAGGAGCACCGACAAGGCCGGGCAGCUCUGCACCAUCAGCGUCAGGGGCACCAACGAGACUGGACACGAUCUCGUGCUCAUACCCCAGGAAGAGACAACCCGGGAAGCUUCGGCAGACGUCAGCGACAAGUGGUCGAGGCUCACGCUCUCGGUGGCCGCUGGCAGCGACUCGCCCUGCUGGUUCAGCACGCCGACUUUUACAUACGAGGCCAACCGGGUGCCGAGCCAGGAGAAGACCACAGAGGGCAAAGCAUAUCUCGAGACGAGCUCGGCCGUGGUUGGGAAGCUCCUGACUCCCAAUGGCAAACGGGACAAUCUAACGACGUACGACUUUGCAGCCACGGCACCGGCCAAACCCAGCACGGGCAGCUAUGCUGUGUUCAAGCCGGGCGAGUUCUUUGUAAUUUCCAUGGUAGGUAUUGUCAAUAAGACGGGAGAGUCGGUGUUACAGCUCAUUGAGUCGCGGCCUGGCGUGUUGGGCUGCGUUCAGAAGCACACGUGGAAGAGAGUUGAGUAACUACAGUAAUAGACUGCUUGUUUCAUUAUUCAUCGAUAGAAC